UCUUGCCACGUCUGAAUUGACAACUUGUCACGUCACGACGUUUUGCUGUACCUCUGAAUGCUACGAGGGCAAAUGAGCUUCCUCGGCUGUAAUUAUCUUCUUUGUGUUUAUUGUACAUUCGAUAUAUUUGUAUUGUAGUGCGAAUGACACUCACGGAAGCUCAGACGCACAGUACAUGUAGAGCAAACCAUCGACGAAGCGGCACCAUGGAGGUCGUGGACAGUCCGCUGAACCUGGCACAUCAGCAGUGCAGAAAGGCAGAACGUUUGGUCACUGCUGGAAAGUAUGAAGAGGCCAUUUCCUGCCAUGGAAAAGCUGCAGAUCUUCUCACAGAAGCAAUGAAGUCAACAGAGUGUGAGCAGGCCCGUCUGUCCAUGGAGCUACAGAGAGACAGCCAUAUCAAACAGCAGCGUCUGAUUCAAGAGCGCUGGAAGAGAGAAACUCGACGUGAAGCAACCAGGGCGCGACCCGGCGCCGGGCCAGGCCCCCUAACCAAAACCCAGCCGUCAGGACAGCCCCCGGCUGCUGCCGCUGCCAGGCUCUCUACUGAACCAGGCGGAGGAGUCGGUGAGCGAGAGUACGACACCCUGCUUUACCAGUUCCAGACUCGGCAGGCUGGAGCCUGCCAGCGUUUGACUUCACCGUGCGCUGGCUCCAAAACCACCAAGGAUGAUAAGACCCGCCUGGAGGAGCAGCAGACCACCAUCGACGACCUGCGGCGCCUGGUCGACCAUCUGAUGAACGAUAACCAGCGACUGUCGGCCGAGAACAAGCGGCUACGUUUGGAGAACGCCCGGCUGCAGUCUGAGGCCGCAGACUUCGGGGAGCGUUCUGAGCUCUGGGUGCUCCCUCAUGCAGCAGGUGCCAUGGGAACGGGGAGUGGGCAGGAAGGGAAGAACAGUGGGAAAAGCAAGGAGAUCGCUAUCCCUCAGCUGCCGCCAUUGGAGAUGCCGGCUCAGGAAGAUCUGUGUUUGGAUGACCUGCCACCCCUGGAGCUGCCUGAAGACAUUAAGAAUGAACUGCAGGAGCUCCUAGACAUAGACAAACUGGGAUGAAACAAUACUGAGCACACACACACACACACACACACACACACACACACACACACACACACACACACACACACACACACACACACACACACACACACACACACACACACACACACACACACACACACACACACACACACACACAUCACCAUCUUCAUCAUCAAACUAUGUCAAAUGUGGGUCACUGACAGCUGGGUUAAUCUGGGUGAAACCUAAAGUACAGACAUCUCUACUUUCAGGACAGGAUUGACUCCUGGACUGUCUCAGCAGCUCAACAUGUUCUACUGGACUGGAAAUCACAGUCAGACAUUAGCAUCAUUACACAACAGGGCAACUGUGGAGUAAAUUCCUCUGAAGUAAUAGCAUACACUCAUUCACCACACUGAUAACUUACCCAGGCUUUGUUAUUUGCUCCUGUUUAGAGGUAACACCAUGCCUUGACCUUUGUGACCUAAGAACAAAGUGUUGCAUAGAAGGACAUCAGGUGAGGAACAGAAAGCUGCAUGUAGUUCAUCUGGCUGUUACCAUGGAGAAUGCAGUCAACAACAUUACAUCACCUUUAUGUUCCCCUCCAUCGUCCUGCAUGGUUGUGGAUGAAUGAGCCCUGCCCCUCCCACAACAUCUUUGGGAUCAUUUUGAAUUACUAUCCAUAUUUCUGCACACAGAUAAAGAUGCAGUGAGAAUCAGCUGCAGGUGAGCACAUUACUGCUGCUCUCUGGAAAUCAUGGCUGCAGUUUUCUAUCACUGUAGCAGACAGAAAUUAAAAAGUUUUAAUUAUAUGUGUGUGCUGUGAUCUUUAUCUCUUAAGCAUUACAACAUAAUGUCUGAUCUGCUUAUGCCAUUAAAGUGUGAUAUCAGAUUCCAGGCUUUAAAAUUAUUGCCGUGUUCAUGUAACAUGGUGGCAUCACUCAUUCACCACAUUCACCCUCUGGGUCUUAUAGUUGAAACAAUGUUCUUAUAUUUUGUUUCUAAACUUAGGAAAUUUAAUAGGAGAUAAGAACUAAAAUGGUGUGGUUUUCCAUUGUUCAGCUACCAAAACCUAAAGUUAUAAAUGGCAUAUGGCAUGUUGUUCACAUGCUGCUUAUAGCAUGUGAACAAUAUGUUAUAAGCAGCAUGUAUUGUAUUUACCCAUCUGCAUGGUUAAAUACAGAUGGAAGAGAAAAAUGGCUGAUUUGUCUCCCUUGACGUAAGUGAAGCUUUUCAUGUAUACUGAGGGACAUCAGAGACUUUCCCCUGUUCUGAUGCUGCAGCUGAAGUCUGUAGCCAUGGUGACCAUUACAUUUGGAACAGAAAAGGGGGAAGUUUGCAUCCAAGAGCUCACCAGCCCAGAUGGGUAGUGCAGAGAGGCAGCAUCAUGUUGUUUUACUGCAGGAGGGACUGGUGCACUUCAGAAAUCUAUUUUCUGUGAAAAUGUUGGAGCAACAUCUCAAUAAUUUAGCCAGGAAGUUGAACUUUGAACCCAAAUGGGUCUUACACAUGGACAGUGUCUCUGAGUGAGUCACCAAAUUAGUUCCAAAGUAGCUUUUGGACAAAAAAAAAUAAAAAAUCAAUUUAUAAACCAGUCAUUCCCAGAUCAGUCUUCUUUAUCAGGUUGUGACUAGUAGAAAAGGUUUGACACAUGUCAGAGUUUAAAAGAUAGUUAUUCCUGAUACUCACCAAAUGUGUAUAAACCUCUGAAAUAAAAGAAAGUUACUUUUAAAAAAAACUGUAGCGGCGAUUGUUUGCCAAACCAAACAUCCAAUAAAAGUUCCAUCAAGCCACUACUGAGGCACUAGGUCAAGAUUCUGUACACAGAAAAAAGAAGUUUCAAUGUCCAAACUUGAUUGUUCUGGAUGAUUUUUUUUCAGUAAACGAUUACAGAGUUCAAAUU